AAACAAUUUUGAUGUGUUUGAGUUUAAACAACCACUUAGUUUUACCCGAGUAACUUUGCAUUUAACUUUCCAUCCUUCACUGUAGUAGGAGAUUGUUUACCAGAGAGCCUAGAGAGCCUAAUGAUGAUGUGAAAUACAAUCCUUAACUAUAUAUGCAUACUGAUGUUUGGGGUUCGGCUAAGGGUUGUUCCAGGUACUUUGUUACAUUUGUUACGAUCAUUCCAGGUAUGCUUGGAUUUACUAUUUUAAACAUAAGAAUGAGGUAUUUGAAAUUUUCAAGUGUUGAAAAGCAAUGGUUGAAAACAGAAUGGGUAUAAAGUUGAAAACUAUAAGAUCCGAUAAUGGUAUAGAAUAUACAAAAUAUACUAGAAAGUUGAUUAACAAUAUGUCUGUUCUGACCUAAGUCCUCUUUGGAUCUUCAAAGGGUAUGAAGAUUUUGUUUGUUGUUAAAAGGCACCUUAGUGAGUUCAGGAGGAAUCGAUGUUUGUAAACUAUCUUUGAUUAACCUCGAUUUUCAUGUAAAUGUUUGACAUUUUGGUUAUAGGAAUACUUAACUUAAUAGCUCAUGUUUAGGGAGGGGGUUAAAGGGGUUGUUGGUCCUCAACUCUCGUUUGUAGCUUAGGCCCUCUUUCUAGUGCCAAUAAUCGGACUCAAGUCCGUUGCAUUGUUUUUUCUAAAAUAUUGUACGCUUUUAAUCUUAUAUGACUUGUCACGAUUUUGUCAUUAAUUAAAAAUUGUCUCAGUAAAUUCUAGAAAAUGAAUGUUUAUACCUCAAUUCUAGAAAAUGAAGGGCUGUGAUAGAAACUGUGUGAAAUUAGUCAAACUGCACUAUGUGAAUCAGAGCUGUUAGAUCACUUUUCUACUGUCGAGAUCGCCUAUUGUAUGAAAUUGCGUGAAGUAGUUACAACAGGAAGUCCGAGUCCUAUUCUGAAAUCAGCAGCUUAAAGGAAAUAAGACAUGUUGAUACAUCUGCACUUGUCUCAUAUCUAAUUUACAUUCCUGAAAUCAUGGCAGAAGCAGUGAUUGGUGGUGCUUUCCUCUCAGCUUUCCUUGAUGUUAUCUUCAAAAGGUUGACAUCACCCGAAGUUGCCAACUUGAUCCAUGGAAACAAGCUUGACAAGAAAUUACUUCAGAGGCUGGAGACAACUCUGAAAGUGGUUAGAACUGUUCUUAAUGAUGCUGAGAAGAAACAAAUCAGGGAUUCUGAUAUCAACAACUGGCUCAAUGAUCUCAAAGAUGCUGUCUAUGUUGCUGAUGACUUAUUGGAUGAAGUUUCAACCGAAACUGUGACUCAAAAAGAGGUAACCAAUCUGUUUUUUAGCCUUUUCAACUUGCAAGAUAGGGAGAUGGUUAGUAAGUUUGAAGAUAUAGUUGAGAGACUAGAAUCAAUCUUGAAACUCAAAGAGAGUCUUGAUCUCAAAGAGAUCGCGGUGGAGAAUUUCUCAUAUAAAACUCCAUCAACAUCUCUCCAAGACGGAUCUCGUGUAUAUGGUAGGGACGAAGACAAGGAGGCCGUUGUCAAGUUUUUGUUAGAUGAUAACCGUGAUGAUGGCAAAGAAGUAUCUGUGAUGGCUAUUGUGGGCAUGGGAGGGGUAGGAAAGACUACUUUAGCUCAGUUGGUGUACAAUGAUGACUAUUUGAAGCUUGUAUUUGAUCUUAAAGCUUGGGUUUGUGUUUCCGAAGAGUUUGAAAUUUUGAGGGUUACAAAGAUUAUAACACAAGCAGUUACCGGAAGACCUUGUGAAAUGAAUGAUCUGAAUUUACUUCAGCUUGAAUUGCAGGAUAUGUUGAAAGAAAAGAAAUUCUUGAUUGUUUUGGACGAUGUUUGGAUUGAGGAUUAUGUCAAUUGGGAUCUUCUUAAAAAACCUUUUCCACGUGGGGUUAGGGGAAGUAAAAUUCUUGUAACAACUCGCAGUGAAAAGGUUGCGUCUGUAGUCCAAACGGUUCAAACUUACAGGCUAAACCAGUUGUCGAAUGAAGAUUGUUGGUCAGUGUUUGGAAACCAUGCUUGUUUUACUCCAGGAUCUGGUAGGAAUGCGGAAGCUCUAGAAACAAUUGGCCGAGAGAUUGUUAAAAAGUGUAAGGGAUUACCUUUAGCAGCACAAUCACUUGGAGGUAUAUUGCGAAGAAAAGAUGAUAUUAUGGAUUGGAGUAAUGUGCUGAAGAGUGACAUUUGGGAACUAUCUGAAAGUGAAAGUAAGAUCAUUCCGGCUUUGAGAAUUAGUUAUCAUUAUCUCCCUCCACAUUUAAAACGUUGCUUUGUUUAUUGUUCGUUAUAUCCCAAAGAUUAUGAAUUUGAGGAAAAUGAUUUAAUCUUGUUGUGGAUGGCGGAAGAUCUUUUAUUGCCACCAAGAAAAGGAAGGACUUUAGAAGAGGUUGGUUCUGAGUAUUUUGAUUAUUUAGUUUCAAGAUCAUUUUUUCAACAAUCAAGUACUCGGAACAUGUCGUUUGUGAUGCACGAUCUCAUGCAUGAUUUAGCAACGUUCCUUGGCGGAGAAUUCUUCUUUAGAUCAGAAGAACUUGCGAAAGAAACCAAGAUUAACAUCAAGGCUCGUCAUUUGUCAUUCACCAAAUUCAAUGGUCUAAUCUCAGAAAACUUUGAAGUGCUUGGUAGAGUAAAAUUUCUGAGAACAUUCUUACCGAUCAAUUUUGAAGUUGCUGCAUUCAACAACGAAAAGGUGCCAUGUAUCUUGCUACUGAAGCUUAAAUACUUAAGAGUUUUGUCAUUUUGUCGCUUCCGAAAUCUUGACAUGUUGCCCGAUUCAAUAGGAAAAUUGAUCCAUUUGCGUUACUUGAAUCUCUCAUUGACAGGAAUAACGACUUUGCCAGAGUCGUUGUGUAGUUUGUACAAUCUGCAAACUUUGAAUCUGUUUGGUUGUUAUAAGCUGACUAUGCUACCAUGUGGAAUGCAAACUCUUGUGAACUUGUGCUAUCUUGAUAUUUCUGAAACUGCAUUAAAGGAGAUGCCGAAAAGUAUGAGCAAAUUAAACAAGUUGCAUCAUUUAAGUUAUUUCAUUGUCGGCAAGCAAGAAGAGGACGGUAUCAAGGAAUUGGGAGAACUUUCAAAUCUUCAUGGAUCGCUUUCCAUUCGGAAGUUAGAGAAUGUUACUGCUGGGAGUGAAGCAUUGGAGGCAAGAAUGAUGGAUAAGAAGCACAUUGACAGUUUAUUCUUGGUAUGGUUUUCGAGUGAUGAUUGUACAGAUUCCCGAACAGAACUCGAUAUACUUUGCAAAUUACAGCCUUAUCAAGACCUGAAAUUGUUAUCGAUAGAAGGCUAUAGAGGUACAAGAUUUCCAAAUUGGGUUGGAAAUUCUUCCUACCACAAUAUGACUAGUCUAACAAUAUCUUCUUGUAAGAAUUGUUUUUCGCUUCCUUCACUCGGGCAACUUACAUCUCUCAAGUACCUAACUAUUUCAGAUUUGGACAGGCUAGAGACUAUAGAUGCUAGUUUCUACAAAAACGACGAUUCUUCUUCUUCGGUGACACCAUUUCCUGUGCUUGAAUUUAUUGAAUUUGAAAACAUGCCUUGUUGGAAGGUGUGGCAUUCAUCUAAGGUGUAUGCUUUUCCUCAACUUAAGCGUCUUACAAUAGAUAAUUGUCCAAAAUUACGAGGAGAUUUACCAAAUCAUCUUCCUUCAUUGAAAACACUUGUGAUUAGAAGUUGCGAGCAUCUUGUCUCUUCUCUCCCAAAAGCUCCUUCUGCUCGCAUUUUGCAGAUAGUUAAAAGUGAUAAAGUAGUCUUGCAAGAAUUACCUUUUUCAAUAGAAUUCUUAAAAAUUAAAGGAAGCUCAAUGGUUGAGUCUGUGCUUGAGGCCAUCACCGUCACACAACCAACAUGUGUUCGAUAUUUAGAAUUAACCGAUUGUUCAUCUUCCAUAUCUUAUCCAGGUAGUUGUUUAUCCAUAUCAAUGAAGACUCUUCAUAUAGAGGAUUUUAGAAAACUAGAAUUCACAAAACAGCACAAUCACAGGUUACUAGAGUCAUUGUCAAUACACAACAGCUGUGAUUCGCUCACAUCGCUCCCAUUGGACAUCUUUCCGAAUCUCAAACGUCUCUACAUCAGCAACUGUGAAAAUCUUGAAUCUCUUUUGGUGUCACAGUCACAUGAUUUCACUCUUCAAAACUUGACUUCUUUUGAGAUCCGUGAAUGCCCGAAUCUAGUAUCAUUGUCAAGUGAAGGAUUGCCUGCGCCCAACAUGACACGCUUUCUCAUUUCCAAGUGCAACAAGUUAAAGUCACUGCCUCAUCAGAUGAAUAUUCUUCUCCCAAAGUUAGAAUAUUUCCGACUAGAAAACUGUCCGGAAAUCGAAUCCUUUCCAGAAAGUGGUAUGCCGCCUAAGUUGAGAUCAAUUCGUAUCACGAAUUGCGCGAAACUACUUAGCGGCUGGUCCUGGCCAUCCAUGGACAGGCUUACUGAUGUCACAAUUGAAGGUCCAUGCGAUGCGAUCAAGUCUUUCCCAAAGGAAGGUUUGUUACAUUCCUCUCUUAAGUCUCUAACCCUACUCACAUUGUCUAGUUUGGAGAUGUUGGAUUGUAAGGGCCUUCGCCAUCUCACCUCCCUCCAACAGUUAAGAAUAAUUGAUUGCCCGAAAUUGGAGAACAUGGUUGGAAGAGAAACACUGCCUGCCUCUAUAUUAAAUCUUUACAUCAUUAGAUGUCCUUUGCUGAAAGAAAGGUGCUACAUGAAGCAUCCUCAAAUUUGGAACAAAAUUUCACACAUCAAGGACAUUAGCGUUGAUCAUAAACGGAUUUCGUGACCUACUAUCGUCAACAGGUAAUUGUUAUGCUCUCGCGCGCUCGCUCACUUCAUUAUAUUUCUUGCACAAGAAAAACUAUUAUUUGACUGAAGAUUCAUAAUUUUAGUCAAUGAUAUGUUUCUUAAUGUCUUUUUUCUUUGUCUUCAACAAAAUGAUAAGUACAUUUAAAUUGGUUUUUAUAUUCAACAAGCCUGAGAGUACUUAAUCUGUUCAUAGUUGAUUAUAAAUUUAUCUGUAUAUGAUAGAACUUCAUUUUAUUAAAUUUAUUCUCCAAGUUACAUCUCUAGCUUUAUU